GACGAAGAACUCAAAACAAAAUGGGUUCCAACAAUUAACUUCAUCAUCUCCUUCCAAAAGAAAUAAUGUCACAGGCAAAAGAAAACAUAGUAAUGUUCCCUUUCAUGGCACAAGGCCAUAUCAUUCCUUUCCUAGCAUUAGCCCUUCAAUUAGAACAAACCAAGAAUUACACCAUCACUUUUGUUAACACCUCCCUAAACAUCAAGAAACUCAGAUCGUCACUCCCUGCUGACUCCUCCAUUCGCCUUGUCGAAAUCCCUUUUAACAGCUCCGACUAUGGCCUGCCUCCUCAUACUGAGAACACCGAUUCUAUUCCUUACCAUCUCGUACCCAACCUUUUUCAUGCUUCUCUCGCUCUCAAACCAUCAUUCAAGAAGCUCAUUGCUGAUCUUGUGAAGGAACAAAAUGGCCACCCACCACUUUGUAUCAUCACAGGCAUAUUCUUUGGCUGGUGUGCAGAGAUUGCCCAUCAGUUUGGCGCCUUUCAUGCUAUAUUUUUUGGGGGUGGUGGUUUUGGCUUUGCUUGUUACUACUCUCUGUGGUUAAACCUACCCCACCGGGAUAUAAAUUCUGAUGAAUUUACUUUACCAGAUUUUCCAGAAGUUGGUGCAAUUCAUGUCACACAGUUAGCAGAUCAUUUGAGAGAAGCCAAUGGUAGCGAUCCGUUCUCUGUUUUUCUGCAGCGGGUGCUUCCAGAAUGGUCCAAUGCUGAUGGGAUUUUGCUUAAUACAGUGGAGGAACUUGACAAACUUGGAUUGAUGUAUUUUAGGCGUGAAAUUUGCCGCCCAAUUUGGCCAAUUGGGCCAGUACUCCUGUCCAAGAGAAGCCAAGAUCAAAUUGGAAUUACUUCUGAACUCUGCAAAAACUGGCUCAACACAAAACCUGUGAAUUCAGUUCUAUAUAUAUCAUUUGGUUCACAGAACACUAUAUCUGCAUCACAAAUGAUGGAGCUAGCCAUGGCAUUGGAGGCUAGCGGCAAAAACUUUAUCUGGGUUGUCAGGCCACCUAUUGGAUUUGACAUCAAUUUGGAAUUUAGAGCAAAAGAUUGGUUCCCUGAAGGAUUUGAAGAAAGAAUCAAAGAUUCAAAAAGAGGGUUACUGGUGCAUAAAUGGGCACCACAACUGGAAAUUUUGUCUCACAAGUCAGUGUCAGCAUUUCUGAGUCAUUGUGGGUGGAAUUCAGUGCUCGAAUCUCUAAGCUAUGGUGUGCCAUUAAUUGGGUGGCCAAUGGCAGCAGAACAAUUCUACAAUGUUAAGCUUUUGGAAGAAAAGAUAGGAGUAUGUGUGGAGGUGGCUAGAGGAAAGAUCUGCGAAGUUAGCCAUGAAGAUAUAGUGAAAAAGAUAGAGUUGGUGAUGAAUGGGACAGACAAAGGGGUGGAAAUGAGAAAGAAGGCUUGUGGAGCGAAAGACAUGAUUAAGGAUGCAGUGAAAUGCGAGAAAGAUUUGAAGGGGUCCUCUGUGAGAGCCAUGGAUGAGUUCUUGAAUGCAGCACUAGCGAUGCGGGACCAAAGAAAGAUGCAUUUUGUUUAGUAAUUGGUGAAUUACUAGCUAUUCCUCAUUCGAGAUUUCCCUUCUAAUAAUGGACUUAAAUUAGGAAUAAAUGAAAUUUCUAUUAUUUAAAUUUAGUGAUAAUAGAAUUAUAUUUUGAAUUAUAAA